ACAGACAUGGAGAUUUGGCCUAAAUCUACUAACCCCACAGUUGCACCACCUAAAAUAAAAAGCAUGCCUGGCAGGCCAGGUAAACUUAGAAAGAAGGAAGCUGGUGAAAGUAAAAAAUAUGGAAAGCUACCUAGAACUGGACUUGCCAUGACAUGUAGUAACUGUAAUGUUAGAGGCCACAACAAGAGAGGAUGUCCACAAAGGGUUGAGUCAUCAGCAAGGGAAGAACCAUCAAAUACAGACAAGGGAAAGGGCAAAACUUCAGGUUUAGGCAGACCAAAGAAUGCACAAACAGAAGCUGAGCAUUCUACAAAGAGGUCAAGAGAAAGACCACAUGCAAAACCUAAUGCAUAUCCAGGACCUGCAAAGAGGUCAAGAGGAAGACCAUAUGCUAUAACACCUAGUGCAUCUCCAGGACCUGCAAAGAGGUCAAGAGGAAGGCCACCUUCUGCACCUAGUGCAUCUCCACGACCUAGUGCAUCUGCAGCACCUACAAAAGGUGCAAGAGGAAGACCACCUGCCACACCUAGUGCACCUAAUGCAUCUACAACACAUGCAAAGAGUGCAAGAGGAAGACCACCUGCAACACCUAGUGAACCUUCUACAUGCGCAUUGCCUGAUAAUAGUAACAAGGAAGAGGAAGGGGUAGGGGAAACACAACCUCAUACAAAAGGCAAGCAGUCAUUGCAAUGGCCUGGAAUGUCAAGUUGUAAGAUCUUCUCUACUGGUUCAACAAAGGUGACAAAAUCUGCUGAUGUUAGUGGUGAUAUUGGUUACAAACCAAGUACUGCACCCAAGUUGUAA